CACAACCAGCUAGCUUUGUAGCUAAAUGAUACGGAACCCGAAAACCCACACGAACAACGCAUUUUAUUUCAUUUGUUAGUAUUUAUUGAUACAUCAAACGACAUCAAUAAUCAACGUUUGUUUACGGAUAACACGCGUGGUAACGUACCUCUAUCGAGGAUAACGUAGCUUUAAAUUUGUAUUUUUAACUGCACCAGCUUUAUGUGAGGACAAAGGCCUACACAUUGCUCGCUGCUUCCAAAGCAUGUAUCCCUCUUGGGGUAGUAACUAUGGUGGUGGUGGUGGCGGCCAUCAACCACCUUCGCAGCAGCACUUCGGUGCGCCGAGGGGUCAGUCUCCUCAAGGCGAAGGCUUCGGGGGAGGAUUCGGGAGCUAUGCUGCUGCUACACCCGCAGCGGCACCCGGGUCAACGUUCAACAGCCUGCGGGAGCAGCAUCUCCAGCAGAUGCAGCAGCUGCAACAGCUCCAUCAAAAACAGCUCCAAUCUGUGCUGCACCACGACAGGAACGUAAAUGAAAACCCCUAUGGCGGCGGUGGUCCUACGGCGGAGUCGUGGCAAGGCAACUCGGGAUAUGGGUAUGGUUCAACGGGGGCCAGUGCCCCUUCCCCAUACCAAGAUGAGUAUCAGUCCAUGCAAGGCCCUUCCACUUAUCAAGAUGAGUAUCAGUCCAUGGAAGCCGGGGCGCCCAGCCCACAACUUCAGCCGCCGCUGCUGCCACCGCAACCCGAAGAGACCCAGCUUCCCCCAUCAGAGGAGGACCCACCCCCAUCAGAGGCGAACCCACAGCAGCAGCAGCAGCAGUACUGGUACAAGCAGCAUCUCCAGAACUUGCAGAGGCUGAAAGCAGAGAAGACCAACCAAGGCCAGGGUGAUGGCUCAACGCCCCCACCUCCCAAACCCCAGCCCCACUCGGCUGCAGCCGCCCCUCCCCCUCCAUCGGAACCACCCAAGAACGCCCCUCCACCACCACCACCAAAAGAGGAGCCCCCACCACCACCUCCACCUGAUGACGAAAAGCCUGCCCCCACAAACCAGGACCCAGUAGAGGUGGCCCGGCUACAGCAGCUCCAGAGCGCAGCGGCCCAGUGGCAGCAGGCCCAGCAGCAGAGAGCGGGCUACCAGUACCAAGCCCUGAUGCAGCACCAUGCUCAGCUACAGGCCAUCCUCAACCAGUACCAGCAGUGUAUCCAACAACCUGCACAGCUAGAGACAAUGUCUAUGGCCAUGCAGCUGAGUCACUAUGAGACGCAGCAGCAGAAGUUUGUCCCGGUGUUUGCAGACUGGGGCCGCACCUUCAGCCAGUGGCAAGAGCAGUUCCAGUCCUACCCACAUAAAGACCAGCUACAGGACUAUGAGUUACAUGAAACAGUGCAGGAACAGAUGAACUCCACUUCAGCACACCUACAGGUACAGCCUGACAAACUCCACCACACCUACAGGUACAGCCUGACAAACUCCACCACACCUACAGGUACAGUACAGCCUGACAAACUCCACCUCAGCACACCUACAGGUACAGUACAGCCUGACAAACUCCACCACACCUACAGGUACAGCCUGACAAACUCCACCACACUACAGGAGAGGGUCACCACACUGCGAGCCAUGCAGCAACAGUACGGAGGCAGCGGCAGCAGCGACAGCGGUGGUCAGUACGGCGCUGACCAAUACAGUAGUAGUGACCGGUAUGGUAGUGGAGGGUACGAGGACCAGUACAGCCAGUAUGGUCAGUACCCACACUCUGGACCGGACUCGCAGAAUCAACAAGGCCACAUGGUGAGCCCAUCCACGCCGUCCCAGCCAGGUAGCCAGCCCUCGUCCACCUCUGGACCCGUGUCCCAGGGCCCUCUACCAGGGCAGCACGGCCCCUCCAACUCCCAACGCGUGGGAACCCCCACAGGAGAACCACACCAGGGCCCUCCACCCGGGCACCAGGGCCCUCCACCCGUGCACCAGGGCCCUCCACCCGUGCACCAGGGCCCCCCACCCGGUCACCAGGGCCCCCCACCCGGUCACCAGGGCCCUCCACCCGGUCACCAGGGCCCCCCACCCGGGCACCAGGGCCCUCCAACCGUGCACCAGGGCCCUCCGCCCGUGCACCAGGGCCCCCCACCCGGUCACCAGGGCCCCCCACCCGGUCACCAGGGCCCCCCACCCGGUCACCAGGGCCCCCCACCCGGGCAACAGGGCCCUCCACCCGUGCACCAGGGCCCUCGACCAGGGCACCAGGGCCCCCGACCCGUGCACCAGGGCCCCCGACCCGUGCACCAGGGCCCCCGACCCGUGCACCAGGGCCCCCAACCCGUGCACCAGGGCCCCCAACCCGUGCACCAGGGCCCCCAACCCGUGCACCAGGGCCCUCCACCCGUGCACCAGGGCCCUCCACCCGGGCACCAGGGCCCUCAGUCAGAGCAGUACAACCUGUCUGGACCCCCUGGUAGAGGGGCAGGCCCAGGAGGGAGAGGGUUGGCCAGACCACCAGGUCCACAAGGAGGACAGCCUCCAUCCUACCAAGGCCCCAGAGGACCAAGGUUUGAUGGUCCGAGAGGGAACGGCCCGCGGUUUGACCAGCAGCAGCAGUCCGUUCAACAGCAGAGGUUCAACGCUCCACCAGGUCCCAGGUUCAACCAGCAGCACCCAAGGUUUGAUCAGUUUGGCCCCAGAGGACCAGGGCCUCGGUUCGGACAGCAGGGGCCCCACUUCGACCACCCCGCGAGACAGAGCCCCCCAGCCCGCUUUGAAAGACCCACUGGUCCCUCAGCACCCUAUAUAGGCCCACAGCCUAAACCAGACACUGGCAAAGACACCAAACUAUCUCAGGGUAAGACUGAGAUGCCAGCAGGCUCUAAGCCUCCUGGUAUUAAACCUACUGGGCCAACUAAACCAGUAGCAGACAGUACAACUAAGCAAGGUGAAUUGGCAGAACCAGGAGACAUGUCAGAGGACAUGUUGGAGUCCCUUGAGGGCUUCUUCGUCCAAAAUGACCCCAUCCCUCAGACGAAAGCAGAGGCUGAUGCUGCUGCUGCUAGUAAGGACUCCACUGCCAAAAAGGAAGAGGUGAGCCCCUCUGCUGCUGCCGCCGGUGCCAAGCACCCCGUGUCCACCAUCGCUUCUGUAUCCCCGAAAACCGCUUCCCCUGCCAAGACCGCUCUCAAACCAGGUGGACCGGCCGGGCCGUUGAAGACCAACGUCAAUAACAACAACGGGUCUCUGGGACCACAUGGGCCUAAGCCUCACGGACCGGAGCCGCCGAAGACCCACCCAAUGACCAACCAACCCCCUGGUCUUCUGGGGCUCAUGGGCCGUGGUAGAGGGGGACGUGGCCAGCCUCUAGGGCCUCUAAGAGGGGGGGAGGAUGGAGGGAGAGGACGAGGGGAGGCGGACAGAGGAGGGUCUUGUAGUAGUCCUCUGGAGGGUAGUAGUGCUCUUCAGGGACCCACAUCUCCUCUUCAGGCUGAGGAGGACCUUCAGGGGGACCUCCUCUCCCUGGGUCUUCGUAGUAGUCCUCUGGAGGGUAGUAGUGCUCUCAGGGACCCACAUCUCCUCUUCAGGCUGAGGAGGACCUUCAGGUUUCUCCAGAUAGUGUUGGGACUGAAGUCUGGAUACCCGACUUUCCUCCACGUCCCCAUAGAACCACACUCCCCCCGCAUUCCUUCCACCUGCCUCCCCUCUUCAUCCCCUUCCCGCAUCCGCCGUCCUCUUACCCCCAUCCUUGCCGUCCGCCUCCCCUCGUCCUCUCCCUCCCCUCAUCCCUAUGUCCGCCCUCCCCUCGUCCUCUCCCUCCCCGCAUCCCUCCGAGUCCCCCCCUCAGGGAGAGGAGGUCCCCCUAUGGGGAGAGGAGAGCCUCUAGACGGGCACCACUGGGAGGAAGCAGACCCCCCACCUCCAGAGUACUGGGGAGAGGAAGGAGAUCCCUACUGGAUGGACCGGAGGCCCCCUCCUCAUGGCAUGAGAGGAGGCCCCCGAGCCCCCUUCCCCCCUGGGCGUGGUCGCCCCCCACGAGGCAGGCCCGGCUUCAUGCACCAGGGGGGUCCCAGACGCCCCCUUCCUCCUCCUCACGGAGCCAUGGACCCCCAUGACCCUCUAGGAUCCCCCAUGGGGCCUGACGAUGACAUGGACCCUCUGGGACCCCCGCUGCAUCGGGACUACAACCCCCGAGGGCCGACCAUACACCACGAUAUGAUGGAGCGAGACAUGAGGGGGCGGCCUCCUCCGCCUAGAGAGAUGAUGGACAGAGAUCUGAUGGGGCCUGGUGGACAUCCUCCAUACCACGACAUGGAGAGGGACCCUGGCUGGCCCCCGGGCCCUGGACGACCCCCCCACCUCGGCAGAGACGGGCCAAGAGGUCCCCCUCCGCCUCCCCAUGAGAUGAUGGAGCGGGGAGGGAUGAGGAGGCGUCCGAUGGGCCCUCGGGGCGCCCCGAUGGGCCGGGGCAUGAUGCGGCACCCACCUCGCUCACUCGAGGACUUGGAGGGGUACCCUCAUGAGGGGUAUGGGGAGGAGUUUGGUGGUCCCGGUGAUGACGGGUAUGGAAGAACGCUGCCGCCACGUGACUGGCUGGACCACCCCCCACAUGAGUACGACUGUGAGGAGGAGUAUUAUCCCCAGGAGCCGCCUCCUCGUGUUGGGGAGUGGGAUAGGGAGAGAGGAGGACCACUACCAGAGAGGGACUAUUCUCCCUACCCUCCCCGCGGUCCUCCACCUCCCCCAGACCGUUUCAGAGACGACGAGUGGGCCGAUGAGAGAGACCGAGACCGUCCUCCAUACCCUUACGAGGGAGAAGAGCGUGGAAGAGGAGGAGAGCUCCGAAGUCGUGACUUCCCGGACGACCCUUCAUACAGGCACGAUAAACCCCCCUACCCAUCCCCUGCGGAAUGGGAGAGACCCAGACCACCCCUUCCAGAGAGAAACUACCCCCCAGAUUUUGAGGACCAUAGGUCCCAUUACGACGGGCGACCCGAGCCCCCUAGAUCAGAUCUAGGUAUCCCUCCAUCCACAACUUCCCAGACCCCUGCUCCUCCCAGUACUGGACCAGACAGUUCCUCGGAACCAGCCUCACAGGGAACUGGACCGGGCAUACUGGCUCUGUCUCAACGACAACAUGAGAUCAUCCUGAAAGCUGCCCAGGAGCUGAAGCUCAUCCGGUCUGUUUCUCUGGUACUGAACAGAGAAAUGCAUGAGAAUAAGACUGAGGGAGAGGCCCUACCCAUCAUGUCUGACCCCAAGACGGAGCUCCCUGCUGGGCUACUGGGGUUGGAGAUACCCCCUGAGGUCCGGAGUGCCCUCCAGGCAACCAACCUUAUGUCCAGCUCAGGUCCUACUAAAAUGGUGCCAUGGGGAGACACCAAGCCUCCAGAUACUGGUUACUUGUCCACAGCUUCUCCAGUCAUCCCCAAGACUGUGGACUAUGGACAUGGACAUGACCUCGGUGCUGCCACAGUGGAACGGAUAUCUUACGGCGAAAGGAUUGUGUUGAGGCCCGAUCCCUUACCUGACAGAGAGAGAGAGAGGAGCUAUGAAAAAGAACCCCUGAGACACCCCUACCACAGAGACCUGUACUACGACAGACGACCGGGAGACCCCUACAUGGAGUGCAGGGAGUACAGCAGAGAGAGGGAGAUGUACAGAGAAAAGGCUCCCAUGGACUUUGAAAGAGAACCAUACGAGAGGGAACGCUACCCGCCUCGAGAUGACAGGUAUAUCUGUGAACGGAGGAGUUACCCAGAGGAGAGAGGAGGAGGCCCCACGCCGUCCCACCCUCCUCCCCCACCACCGGCUGCUCCUCCUUCCAGGAUCGAGAAGAAACCGGAGACCAAGAACGUGGAGGAUCUUCUCAAACUACCAGGCCGAGACACUCGUCCAGAAAGGAUUGUCAUCAUAAUGAGAGGCCUACCAGGAAGUGGAAAAAGCCAUGUGGCCAAGCUGAUACGGGACAAGGAGGUGGAGUGUGGAGGGGCUCCACCCAGAGUGCUGGGGUUAGAUGACUACUUCAUGACGGAGGUGGAGAAGAUGGAGCAGGACCAAGAUACAGGGAAACGAGUCAAACUCAAGUGUCUGGAAUACGAGUAUGAAGCCGAGAUGGAAGACACGUACAGGAACAGUAUGYUAAAGACRUUCAGGAAGACCCUCGACGACGGCUUCUUCCCCUUCAUCAUCAUCGACGCAAUUAAUGACAGGGUUAAAUACUUUGAUCAGUUCUGGAGUGCUGCCAAGACUAAAGGCUUUGAGGUGUACUUGGCUGAAAUCUCGGCAGACUAUCAGACUUGCGCUAAAAGAAAUGCCCACGGGCGGAAGAUUAAGGAUAUUCAAAAGAUGUCCAGUAACUGGGAGUCGUCACCACGUCACAUGAUGCGSCUGGAUGUCCGCUCCCUGCUUCAGGACGCUGCUAUUGAGGAGGUUGAGAUGGAAGACUUCAAUCCUGAUGAUGAGUCGCUGAAGAAGCCCAAGAAGAAGAAGGAGGAGGAGGAAGAAGACGUUAAGGGUUACAUUCCACAAAGCAAAUGGGAGAUGGACACUUCUGAUGCGAAACUAGACAAGCUGGACGGCCUGGUGAUGGGGGGGAAGAGGAAAAGGGAGGGAGAUGACUUUCAGCUAACGGACGACUACGCCACACGCCACUCUGAGCCUGGCAAGAAGAGGGUUCGCUGGGCUGACCUCGAAGAGCAGAAGGACGCCGAACGCAAGCGCGAUAUCGGCUUUGUGGUGGGUCAAACAGACUGGGAGAAAAUCACYGACCAGAGCGGACAGAUAGCUCAGAGAGCUCUCAACCGCACUAAGUAUUUCUAGUAACAGAAGAUCAUUGCCCUCACCCCGUGCUACUUCGUUUAUAGGUCUGCAGACUGAAUAUCAGAAGAUAUCAGGACUACACACUCUACAACAGGCCUGACGUUUAGGAAAUCCAUAGCUGUUUAUUCCAUUAUUAGAAUACAGGAUAUAGUUUUCUGUUUGCGUUAGACAUUCUUGAUGUUCAUUUAGAAUAUUUGUAAUUUUUAUUUUAUUUUCUUUCAUCCUUUCGAAUUGGUAAGUUCUUGCACCAGUGUGCUUCUCAUUUUAUACUGUACAAGCUGUAAUGUCUACGUGUAUGUUAGCACUGUUGCUUAUUUUAAGAAAUAAACUGAAGAAACAAUAAAGGUUUCACACACACAAAACAACCAGGAGAGUCUCAUGUGAGUGGUCAUAUGGGCUACGUCAUGGAGAGUCUUCUGUGAUGUCUGUUUUCAUGUGAACCACAUUCAGUAGAACCUCAAAGAUACAAAACCAAUUUAUUUUUUUUAUUUUUUUUGUGUCUUUUCAAAGUUASAAACAUUUCAGUAUUUCAAAACAACCUCAGUUUCCCGGUGUGUUCGUAUCUCUAAGGUUCUACUGCGUUACAGGAAGUAUGUAGCCUAGGUUAGAGUGGUGGAACCGGAAGGUUCUUGGUUCAAGCCCUGAGCCAGGCGAUGAAGUGGAAACUGGACUGCUGGUGUCUAAGCCACUGGCUGCCAUUCUGCCCAUGAGCAAGGAACUCUCAAACUGCUACACGGAGGCUGCGCUGUGUCUUACCCUUUGCCUCUAAGUGCAUGUGUGUGUCGGGGGGGGGGGGUGUAACGCAAAAUGAAAUUAGUUUUCAGUACUCAAUCAAACCACAUAGUAUCACUUUAUUUUUAAUUUUAAUUCAAAAUCUGUUACCUCAUUUGCAUUUCACAUAACUUAAAUCUAUAAACUUUUUAAGAAAGUUCACACUCAUUGUUUCUUGCAACAAAUAAAAUACUGAAUUGAAAGUCCAGUAUAUAUUUUGUGCCGUUUACAUGAUCUUACAAAUAAAUAAACAAUCCAUGUUAUAACGUGACAGUCA